CAUUUCCACUCAGAACGAUGGGAAGGGAGGCUGCAUUCUGGUUUGGUGAGUUUCAGGGCAGGGAACACACACACACACAUACUCACACAAAGAGAACAGGUUCACAGACCAGCCCAGUCAGUGAGAAAUUACACUAAACAUUUCCUUCUGCAGAGGUUGAUUGGGAGAAGUCUUUCCCUCUGGCACACAUACUUUUUCUACCUCAGUGGAUAUUUUGACUACCCACUACUGUCUACUGUAUAUCUGUAAGGAGAAGCAACAGCAGGGAACUGAAAGAGAGAACAACAGAAACCAAAAGAAAAAAAGAAGAGAAACUGCAGAGGAGAAGAAGACUCUUGCUGCCACGGCAGGGAAGAGCUCAGUUGAGAGAAGACCCCCGAACCCCACACUGGGAAUCCAGUACACGAGAGACAAGCAGACGCGGCAGUCGAGGGGGGUCUGAAGAAUGACCCUGUUUGGAUGUUUGUCCUCCUCAGUUUGAUCACCAGGGGUAUCAGGACUUUGACUCAGCUUCACAGCUUGACUGCCCAGGUGAAGACAGUGAGUGUAGAAGCUGAGCAGGGUUGAGAAGGGAGAAGAGAAAAGGAAGGGGGCCGAGAGAGAGAGAACGCGAGAGUGUGUGUGUAUGUGUCAGUCACAGCACAUCACAGAAGGAGGCAGCUCUGAUUGAAUGUGUCAGAAUGACAGCAGAAGACUCCACCUGUCCCGUCGCCAUGAGUAAUGCAAGCGCCUCUUCCAGCACCAACCCUGUGGCCGCCAUCCCCGAGGGAGUGGCUGGAGCCCAGAAUGAAGCUGCCCUACUGUCCCUGAUGGAGCGCACCGGCUACCAAAUGGUCCAGGAGAACGGCCAGCGCAAAUAUGGACCUCCCCCAGGCUGGGAGGGCCCUGCGCCCCAGCGUGGCUGCGAGAUCUUUGUGGGCAAAAUCCCCCGGGACGUCUACGAGGACGAGCUGGUUCCCGUGUUCGAGUCGGUCGGCCGCAUCUACGAGAUGCGGCUGAUGAUGGACUUUGACGGGAAGAACCGCGGCUACGCCUUUGUGAUGUACACGCAGAAGCACGAGGCCAAGCGUGCCGUCCGAGAGCUCAACAACUACGAGGUGCGACCAGGCCGGCUGCUGGGUGUGUGCGGGAGCGUGGACAACUGCCGCCUCUUCAUCGGGGGCAUCCCCAAGACCAAGAAGCGCGAGGAGAUCAUGGAGGAGGUGUCCAAGGUGACGGAGGGCGUGUUGGAUGUCAUUGUGUACGCCAGCGCUGCCGACAAGAUGAAGAACCGUGGCUUCGCCUUCGUCGAAUAUGACUCCCACCGCGCCGCCGCCAUGGCCCGCAGGAAGCUGAUGCCAGGACGUAUACAGCUCUGGGGUCACCAGAUCGCAGUGGACUGGGCCGAGCCUGAGAUUGAUGUGGAUGAGGACAUCAUGGAAACGGUAAAAAUCCUGUACGUCCGAAACCUGAUGAUGGAGACCUCUGAGGAGACGUUGCGCCGCAUCUUUGGCCAGUUCAACCCCGGCUGUGUGGAGCGAGUCAAGAAGAUCCGCGAUUACGCCUUUGUGCACUUUGCCAGCAGAGAUGACGCUGUGGUCGCCAUGGACAACCUGAACAAUACGGAGAUCGAAGGUUCCUACAUCGAGGUGACCCUGGCCAAGCCAGUGGACAAAGAACAGUACAGCCGCUACCAGAAGGCUACCAAGGGCUCGGGCAGCACAGCAGCCCCCAGCGAGACCAGCCAGCAGGGCUAUGUGUACCAGUGUGACCCCUACACACUGGCCUACUACGGCCACCCCUACAGCACCCUCAUCGGCCCCAACAGAGAAUACUUCACCAAAGGAAAUAUGCUACUGGUCCAUUCUGAAGUGCCACCUCUUGAAAACUAUACAGGUGCAGUGAGAGGCCGUGGUAGAGCAGGUGUGAGCAGCCGCACACCUGGGCCACGCGGGUCCUACCUGGGUGGGUACUCAGCAGGGCGUGGCAUCUACAGCCGCUACCAUGAGGGCAAGGGCCGGCAGCCAGACAAGCCCUACGAGCUCACACCAGGCCUGGAACUGGCAACCAUCAACACCGUGGGCAUGAAACCAGCUACAACAGUGGCUAUUCCAACUUUGGGGGCCCAGUACCCAGUGUUUUCCACCACCGGGGCCCCAAAGAUGAUGGAUGAUGGGAAGAUUCAUGGAAUGGAACACCUCAUCAAUCCUCUCACUUUACAACAUGAUCACACCACUGCUGUUCUACCCUCUGUCUCAACACCACCUCCCUUUCAGGGUAGACCCAUAACUCCUGUCUAUGCUAUGGCCCACAAUAUGCAGCGCAUUCCCACAGGGCUGUAUGGUGCAGGCUAUGUUCCACUCACUGCUCAUACGGCCAACACGGCCGCUCUGGCCGCACUGCAGAAGAAUGCUGCUGUCGCUGCGGCAGCCUACGGAGGCUAUGGCUAUGUUCCUCAGGCGUUCCCCACGGCAACCUUUCAGAUGCCCCUCCACGACAUCUACCAGACCUACUGAUGGAGCCCAGAAGAAGUGUACUGAGCGACAAAACAACCAAAACACUUUCAUGAAGAAUUGUUUAAGAAGUAACUAAAAGAAAUGAAGAAACAGCUCAUGGCCAACCAAAUCGACCAGACCCUUCCUUGGUUUUGACUUUUGCAUUACACAACCGAUGUGGAGAAGACCCAACUCCAACCCACACCCCACCCCAUAGUGAUAAGCAGCACUGCAUGUGCAAAUGAAUUAUUUGCACCCUUAUUAACGUAGCUGUGAAAUCACAUUGAUGAAGCAACGUGACCUCACCAAACUAGCCAUCUCUCACCUAACCCCCAACUGAUGAAACCUUUCCAUCCAAUAGCCCAAAUGGUUUGUGACCCUCUCCAAACUAUGGAAUGUGACACACACACACACACACACACACACACACACACACACACACACACACACACACACACACACACACACACAACCUUCUGCAGUUUUGGCACCAUGAGCUUUGAAGGAGUUUAAGCAUCUAUACCGAUUGGAAAGCUGUGUUUAUGAGCUGCUCUUGGAGGUAGACUUUCCAUCAUUGCUGUUGUUGAACUUUUUCAGAGACAAAAGUUAGACAAAAUAAUGUCUUUAAAAAUAUUUUAAGUCUCAAGGAACUACUGACAUGAAAUGUAAAAUUCAAGAGAAUUCUUAUGUCUUUUUGUCUGCAGUGUUUAUGCAGAGAUUUUAUCACAGAAGAUUAUGACUUCCACUUUUGAGUCAUCUUCCGUCCACUGGAUGAACUACUUUAUCUCAAUUUCUCACAUUUUUUUCUUCUUUCAUAGAUAUUAUUGCUAUUGCUAUUAUCAUUUGCUGCUUUUUUGGUUUUAACAGAUUGAGUAUGAAGCUUUAUGUACUGGAAAAUGUGUCUUGUGAAACCCCCUGUCUCUGUUUGAGAACUGGAAAAAUAUCUAGAAAGUUUGCAUAAAAAUGCAAGUAUGCAAGAAAAGAACAACCAACAUUUCAGCCUUUCCAUAAACUUUCAAAAGUGCCUGUUUUACUUUGACUUCCUAGCCACCCUAACAAUUUGUAUAAAGAAGCAGUAAACAAAAGGUUUACUUGGAGACAGGCCCUGUGCUUGGCAUGGUGUGAUGAGACCCCCACGUGCCUGUGCCUUAGAUAGCGCUGUUCUGCAAGGUACACAUGUAUUGUGUGGCUCGCCAGCUACAGUAUGGCACAUCCAUUGUCAUUCCACCUGAGCUCAGAUUAUCAGCAGUUUUUUCAUCCUUGUGUGGUCAUCUGACUAUUGUCCAGAAGCCCAAAACAAAAUGCUACGAUGUGGCAACAGGUCACAAAUACUUGCUGACUGAAUGAUAGCAAGAAGGUUGACACAUACUCGUAAUACUGAGUUGGUAAGUGAACAGAGUAUUUCACAAUGCCAAAUCCUUGUGAAGAGCACUUUCCCAGUCAAGUGAAGUGAGCCCCUUGUGUUUGUUGUGACAUCUUUUCCCCCAGCUGUAACUUCAGCUUGACCUCAGGCAGCUGCAGUGCAGUUCCUCUGAGCUGACCAGCUUCAGCGACUGAAGCCUCCACAUGAGCUUAUUAUUGAGCUCCUCUGGGCUGGCAGCUCACUGUUAGUAGUCCUCUAGUGUAUUUUACUUUAGUCACUCCCACUGACACACUGAGAGUUCCCUGUGCGGGCCCUGAGAGAUUCUGGAAUGCUCUUAAUUCAUCCUGCUGGAUGUUUAGAAAUAUAUGUGUGAGCAGAGAGUGUGAAUGAGUGUGUAGUGUGAACAUCUCAUUGGCUUGCUGAUGUUUCUUGUGUUAUUGUUUGAUUAAAUCAGGACUUAACUGAGAGAGUAACAAAUACAAUGAAAGAAUGAAGAAAUACUGGUUGUGUUUCUUUCUACGCUUUCAGGAAGAAAUUUAUCUCUACAUGGUCUUAAAUAGGUUAACUGGACCGAAGAAAUAUCAUGGUCAUCUUUAUACUUUACUUUUAAUAUUUUCUUUUUUGCAUUUUUGUGUUUCCAAACCCAUGAAAUGGCUGUCUGAGGACUGAGCUUUAUGAUGCCUGGUCACCUUUGUAUCUAUUUCAGUCAUGCUCACUCUGAUGUGCAGAGUUUUGGUAUGUAUCUGUACUUCUGAAGUCUCACUGCUCACAGAAGAGUCCAUUCACAGUGAAACUGUUGUGUUGUAGAGAAACCAUGUUAGUGACAAGUGGCCACAUCACUGUCAAUUUAUUGAAUAACCACUGGCACCUGAUGAAGGAUCCUAUUCCAUGGUGUAUAUUCUUACAUGCAGCCUUUGACACACACAUACACACACACACAAACACACACACACACAGAGAGAGAGAGAGAGCACACACACACACACACACACACACACACACACACACACACACACACACACACACACACACACACACACACACACACACAUACACACCUUAAGGGCUGUUGUCAGAGCUGGUGUGCCUUGUUGUAUUAUUGCAGUGUUGUUGAGAUUUAUUCUAUGACCUUUUGAGACUGGUAGACUUGUUUAUUAUCACAGAAUAAGGAUAUAUAUUUAAUAUAUGCUUCAAAUAUGUUGUGUAUGAAGUAAGAAGAAAAGCGAUAAUAUAUUUUAAAAGAAAUGUUUUUUCCUUCUUUUCCAUUCGCUUAUUUUAGAGAUGAAGCAAAAAAAAACAUGUUUGGUUUGCCAAAGUGUCCAAAUGUGUGAGCCAAGAGUUUGGUGAUGGAAUGGAUAGUGAGUCGAGUUGAGUAGCAAGCGAUUGGCCAGUCUGGUGUGGCUACAAGCUGGCCAAUCACAUCUCUAUCCCUAUUAUUACCUCACUCUCAUUGACAUCCUCCUCACCAGCAGUUUUCACUUGAAGUGCUUAUAGUCCCUGUUCUGACUACUUUAAAGAGAGAAUGGAAUACAAAACGAACAAUACAUAUUUUAGUGAACGUUUUUCAAAGGAUUGUAGUGUGUAAGGGUUUUUAGUGUGCCUUAUUGCCAAAUGUUCUAGAGUUUUUCUUUGUUGAACUAUUUUCUAUCAUGCAUUUGUUUGUUAAAAGCUUAUUUGGCAUUUAUGUAUUUAUAGUGGUUAAGUAGUUGAAUAAAGCAUUUUCAAAAACA